UUUUGAGUGGCAUUUUGUCGAUCGGAGCCCUGGGAAUAGUAGUUAUUCUCUGCAUCAUGUCGGCACUGAACCUGAUGGAGAAAGUUGGGAGGAUAGAGGAGAAAUUAGUUUUGAUUUAGAUAAACAACGUUUAGCUUUAAUUCAACAAAUGCAGAAAAAUUUAGAAAUACAUAGAAAACAUCAAAGUCCUCGACGUUAUCCAUCUGUACCUUUUGAUGGACCUUUUUUUCGAUUGGAGGAAGUUGGGAAUAAUAUUCCAGGGACUUCAACUAGUGGAGGGAAAAUACCUGCUCCACCGCCACCUCCCCCUCAAGGAUGGACUCCGCGUCAAUCUUCAUCACAAAUAUAUGAACAACAAUCUCCUUCCAAUAAUCCUGAGGAAGAAGAGUUUGAUGAAGCAAGUGGAGGGAGAGUUGUUUAUUGGCCAGCACCUGACCCGAAAAGUCGCCUUCCAAAGCAAGCACCUCCACCACCAAAAAAUUUAAGAGAUCCUGAACGAUUAGAAGAAUUUCUUAGACAAGAACAAAUGCAGAAAGAAGCAGAAGCUCUUCGAACGCAACGAGAAGCUGAAUUAAGGGAUAGGCAGGUAGAAAGAGAAAUUCCGUGCAUUACAACAACAACAACAAAACCAUGCUAGAGUUGCAUCUACUUCUACUUCAAAUUAUUUUCCUUCACCUCCUUCA